AUGGAUCAAUUCUUCAAAGAAAUCGAGGACUACUGCGAAGCUUAUUUUACAGUUGCAGACUACUUCUUGACUGUAGGGUUCACAGAUCAAGUGAUAAAAGACCACCUAGAAUGCGGAGAAGAGCUCAUCCCAUCAGUUUUGUCUCACUCCCCCCCCUUUAAAUUGAAACAAAAUAUAGGUAAAAUUCCUACUUUUUUGGGAAAUUAUCCCUCCUUUAAAUUGAAAUAAAAUUUUAUUAUAAUAGAAAAUUUUAUAGGUAAAAAUCAUUAUUUUAUAUGUAAAUAUGUUAAUAUCCUAUUUAAUAUGCUUCAAACAUAGGCAUUGUCAUAAAAUUAUAAUGUUAUUAAAUAUAAUUUACUCAAUUUAUUGUCUCUUUAAAUUUAUAUAAUUUAUUUUCUAUAAAAUUUUAUCUCUGAAAAAAAUUUUUAUAUAUAAAAUUUUUUUUAUAAAAAAAUUUUCUUAACCCCCCUUUAAAUUGAAACAAAAAAUUUUUUGUUUCAAUUUAAAGGGGGGGGGAGUCAGUUUCCUCCAUCAACUCGUGGAUCUCUUAAUUUGCCUACAACCCUCCCUAUGGUAUUUUCCAAUUAGUUUUGCUUUCCUUGAGGUGCAUCAAUCAGCCAAAGCAAAGCCAAGCUUGCUACAAAUCUUUUCAAUUUGAUUUUGCAAGAUGAUCUAGGGACACCUCUAUAUUGUACAUGCCUUCAUGUUUUGGAAGAAAGAGGCGAAGAGAUGAAACAAGAUAGAAAUGCUAUCAAUCUUCUUCCAAGCACUUCAACCGGUUCAGACUCAACUUUCGAAACGGCAAGUGAGAGAAGUGAGUAUUUCAGCCCAGAAAAUAUUAGGGUUACUAUUAGUGAGUGUCCGAAUUACGAACAGUCAAGUACAGAUCGAGAUCGAUCUGUCAGUGAGUUCUAUACAACUUCUCUGCCGAGCUCCCCUACAUUUAAAUAUAAGCCAGUCUUCUUGGAAAACCAAAACUCAAAGAUCGUCCCCAAAGCUAUUGUAAUUGUAUCUAGAAGCCCGUAUUUAGAAAUUUUUAAGAGAAUAUUGCUGAAUAUCUAUAAGAUGAGCACCGAUGGGAUUAAGAUUCCAAUGGAGUGCGUGAUUUCUCAUCUAAUGCUGACUAUUCCGCAUCCUCCAAAGGGAGAAGUAGAAUUAAUGUACCUAUUGAAUACUCAUUAUUUCAAGUUUUCUAUGCCUCCUAAAAAUCAACUGCCAUUACUUGAUGUAAAUCUUGGGGUUCUUUUUCACAGGUUAGAUCUAGAUAAAGUCAUGUGCAUUUUCCAACACUUAUCACUUGAAAGGUCGAUAGUGUUCUUAUCCACAAAUGAAGAUUUGUUAACGUCUUGCUCUUACUGUUUAUUAUCUUUAUUGUACCCUCUACAAUGGACUUUGCUAUAUAUCCCAGUUUUGCCUGAAAAAAUGAUUGAUUUUUUGUAUUCGCCAAUUAAAUAUGUAUUUGGGGUUCAUUCAAAGUAUAAAGAAGCAGUCUAUGCAAGAUGCAUGAGCUCAGCUUGUAUAGUCGAUUUGGAUGAAAAUUCAAUAGAAACUACUGCUCAAGCAGUUAAAAUUUCUCAAACUGCAAGAUAUGGGCAAUCAACUCUGCCAAAUCUGCCUGAACAUUAUGGUAAAAAGUUACAUAAAGAACUAAGUCAGUCUCUAUUGAAAGCAGGUGGGGUUAAAGCGAACUCAAUUUCUCUGUCAACCCCAAAGCUUGAUGAGUUUACAAUUAAAAGCAUUAGGCAGUCAUUUUUUAAAUAUUACGUCUCAAUUUUCCUGAAUUAUGGAAAAUACGUAAACAUGGAAUGGACUGAAUAUGGAGGCUCUAAAUUUUUUUCGCAUCAUGAGUUUUUAGAAACGCAUCCAGAUAAUUCAAGAUCUUAUAUGAAAGAAAUGAUCAAUUCACAAAUGUUCAGCAGUUUUUUGGAGAAAAAGUUAAGGCCAAAGAAUAAUGAUGACUAUUUCGAAGUUUUGUAUUUUGAUGAGAGUAUUGUAGCGAAAAUGAAUAGAUCAAAGCUGAAGUAUACGAAAGCUAGCACACCUUUUAUAGAAGAUAAAUCAGUGGGGUUCAAAGACGUUGCUCAAGUUCCGUCACUAUAUUCAGUGUAUCCAGCAGUUGGAUGGUUUCAAUACAAAAACUUCCCGGAUUUUGAUCUUCAGUUGCUAUCAGCAUAUGGACUGCCUAAAAAUAGAUUGCCGAAAUGUAGGGACUACCCCGAUACCCCAUCGUAUACUAAUAUUUAUAUUCCUCACACCCACUGGCCUACAAACCAGCACUGUGUUAUUGCUUGCUGGAUUGAAGUCUGGGCUGCUUCUCUCUGACAUCAGGAUUUAGCUGACCACUCUGACAUGCUCAACAAAGCAAUUUUUGUCCUAGGAAAAUACCACAAAUUUCCUACUCCCAGUUUGCUUUCAGCUAUGCUUGAAUCAUGCUGUGAAUUCAACGCAUCUCUUGGCAUUUCCCUAUUUUCUUUCCUUUCUUCAUCUAAAUUCCUUAUCGAUAUGGUCUGUAUAAAAAUUCUUCGCAAAACGGUCUCAAAGCUACUCAAAGGAAACCAAAACAUGGAAGAUAUUGACUGUGACAGAAGCUUAAUGAUAACAAAUGCAAUCAUAAAUUCAGAUGAUCUAGCUGAAAACAGCAGAAAAAGAAUUUUCACAGGCGAAGGAGAAAUCAAUAUUUUUGUAAGGGGAUUUUGCAAGGUGUGUGGGAGAAAAAUCCCUAAUACAGAAAUUGCUGAACAGCAUGCUGAUAACCCGUAUAGCUUAGCUUGCCGAUGCAAAUGCGGAGAGCUUUAUCAACCACAGCUGAAAGUGAGGAACUGUUUAGAUGAUGCAAUAAUUGUGGAAACUAUUUUUAUGUCACCUAAGUCUCUGCGGCAGUCUUUUGUAGAGCUAAUCAAGGACAAAGACCUGCCACUGAAAUUAGAUUUUGACAUCCUUCGACUGGAGCUCCCCAUGAUUUUUUGGAACCUAAUCUGGCAAUUCAACCUUUCUUCAUUACCAUUUGAAUUCUUAUUCCCCUAUGAAUCCCAAACAACUUCUUUCCUAACCAACAGCAUCCGCAAAGAAAUGUCAACACAAACAGAAAGCUACCCUAACCUAGCAGAAGUCCUGGCGAUCUAUGAAGAACUUGUAAGUCAAUAA